AUGACAGAAUCAACCAAAGUUGCUAAAACUGUUGUAAAUAAAAAAGAAAGAACAAUUGAUAUUGUAAUCGCACAUAAAUUAAAUAGUGGUAGUAGUAACUUUAAACAACAAGCUCUCAUUAAACUUAGAACUGCUGUUAAACACGAAAAACUAUCAGAAAUUCAAUUAUUAAAAAUUUGGAAAGGUUUAUUUUUAAGUUUUUAUAAUACAGAUAAAUUAGUUGUUCAAGACGAAGUUUCAACUAAAAUUGCAGAAUUAACAACAUUAUUUAAAGAUUAUAAUGAUUCGUUUUUAUUUGUAAAGUGUUUUUUUAUAACAUUACAAAAUCAUUGGAAUCACAUUGACCAAUAUCGUGUUGAUAAAUUUUAUUUAUUAUCUCGUAAAAUUGUACAUUCAUCAUUCAAAUUAUUAAAGAAAUAUUAUGUUGCACCAAAGGAAGGAGAAGAACUUCAAAAUAAAUCAAAUGACGAAAUCUAUAGUGGUUUAGUUAAAGUUUUCAAAGAUACAGUACUCAAUCCAAAGAACUCUACAUUAACCAAUGGUAUUGUUUUACAUUUUGCCGAUAUCUAUUUAGAAGAGUUAUUUAAAGUUACACAAGGUGCCAUGGAUCCAUUCUAUCUCACUAAAAUUCUUUUACCAUUUAUUAAUUUCUUAUCAAAGAGUGAAGAUGAUGUAGCCUGCAGACGUAUUAAAGAAAGAGUUUUCACCCGUCUUGUAACCACCUAUUCAAUCUUUGAAAAGAAAGAUGCAUUUUAUUUACCAAAGGAGGGUAUUAGAUAUUCAGAUGAUAAACCAGAACUCUUUAUUGUUGAUUAUGGUAUGCUUUCAAAAUUAUUCUUCAAAUGUGCUUCAUCCAAGACCACAUUAGAAGUUAACAGAAAAAUGAUGUAUUCUUUAAAAAACCAAAUGAAUAGAGCCUAUUUAGCAUUCAAAGAAAUUGAAGAAUCAGCAGAUAAUAUUUUAGAUGAAAAUGGUAAUUAUAUUAAUCCAGAAAUGGAAGAAGAAAUUGAAGGCGAAGAAGAGGAAGAGAUUGUCGAAGAUGAAGACGAUGAAGAAAUUGAAGACGGUGAAGAAAUUGAAGAUGAUGAAGAAAUUGAAGGAGAUGCUGAUAUUGAUGACGAAGAAGAUGAUGAAGAAAUGGAAGGAGAUGCCGAUAUUGAUGAUGAUGAUGAUGAGUUUAAUGAAGAUAUUGAAGAGGAAGAGGAAGUUCCACCACCAAAAAAUAAUAAAAAAAAUAAUAACAGCAAACCACAACAAAAAUCACAACCACAACAAAAAAAACCACAAUCACAACAAAAACCACAACCACAACAAAAAAAACAACCACAAAAGCCACAACAAACUAAAGUUUCAUCAAAAAAAGCACCAACAAAAAAAUCUAAUAAAUAA